AUGUCGCACUUGGGUGCGCAAACACGGGGGUGGACCUCGAUGUUUCGACGACGACGAUGGAUCAGCAAAGCCGCCUACACAUCCGCUGUGACACUGCAAAUAGCAUGUACGAUUCAUUUGAUCAACGAACAUGCGUUUGAAAUCCGAAACUCGACUGGAGCAUCAAUGCUGCCCACCCUAGCACCUGAAGGUGAUUUCUUGCUCCAACUUCGACUGCCGUUUGGUCGCUUGCUCUCAUCAGUGCGCGAAGGCUUGAGACCGUCGAACAGUGGAGUGGAGGAGGCCGAGGCGCAUCCGUAUCGGGGCAAGCCGAGGAUAGGCGGGUCGAUGUUCUCCAAAGCGGAUCAGGCGCAGGGAACCGGGCUGAAGGUGGGCGAUUUGGUGGUUGCAUUAAGCCCGUUUGAUGCGAGUCGAGCGGUGUGCAAGAGGGUGAUCGGUUUGCCAGGAGAUACGGUCGCACUGGAUCCAAGGAUGAGGCCCUUACCAAUGGAGGCAUGGAGAGGACAGGCCAAAGUGACCAGUCAAGCGACCGACAAACGUAGCGAUGAUCAAGUACUGGAUAGCAAGCUCGUCAAGUUUCAAGAUGUGCUCGAAACCGUCGGCAGGCAGCCAGCAUCGUCGCGAAGCACUAGUGUCGAUGAAUCACCAAUCGACCUGCUUAAAAGCAUGGACACCGACGCUGACGCUUCGAGCGACACGCACCGCCACAACACAGUCGCAUCCACAGAUGUGGUGCAAAACACGUACGUGCGAUCCAAAGGCGACGUGCAGUACGUCACCGUCCCCCUAGGUCACGUCUGGUUAGCAGGAGACAACAUGGCCAAUUCGACCGAUAGCAGACACUACGGACCAGUCCCACUGGGCAUGGUGCGCGGAAAGGUGUUGGCGAGGGUCUAUCCGAACCCAAGAUGGCUCGGAAGCAAUCUGACGUACGUCGACUGA